AUGGCUGCAAAGCACGAUGUUAUGUUCAUUGAUAACUCUUCCAUUGAUCACACAUGUUUAAAUGGGAGCAAUCUACAUCUUAACGGCAAAGGUUCAGCAGUCCUGGCCUCACAUUUUAUUACCUUUCUGAGAGGAAAUCAACCCCGUGUUGUUCAAGACACGACUCGUUCUGAGAAGGAUUUUC